UACAAUCACAACAACAUCUGGAAUGUACUCUUCGGAACCAUCAUCUACUGGUGUGCCGUCUAUUGUGUUAUGCAGACACAAGUGCAGCGAUACUGUAGUAUGGAAUCACCGCAAAAAGCACGAAGAACCCUGUACUACAAUCUUCCGGGUCUUGUGAUAUUGGCUGUGAUGGCAGUGAUGUGUGGAAACGUUUUAUACGCCAAAUACCGCAACUGUGAUCCGGUCACUCUUCGGCUCAUCGACAGACACGACCAGUUGAUGCCAUACUAUGUUAUGGACACUUUGGCCAAAUACCCGGGUCUGCCCGGACUAUUUGUCGCCUGUGUUUUCAGCGGUUCGCUCAGCACUUUGUCUUCAGGUCUGAACGCAUUGGCAGCGGUCACGUGGGAGGACCUGAUUAAGGAUAGGAUUACAUUGAAGAACGAGAAACAGGCCCUCACUAUCACUAAAUUGAUUGCCAUGGGAUAUGGUUUACUGUCGAUUGCCAUGUCGUUUGGUGUGGGAAAUCUGGGCACAGUAUUGCAGGCCUGUAUGGUUUUAGUCGGUUCAAUGGUUGGCCCGCUAUUUGCUAUGUUUCUCAUCGGAAUAUUCUUUCGGUACUCGACAGCACCGGCCACUUUGAUUGGAUUCAUUUUGGGAGUGUUGGCCAGUCUAUCGUUAUCUAUUGGUUCGUUGGUUAUCCCUCGCCCUCAGGUCUCGUUACCGACAACACUGUCUGAGUGUCCACAGGAUGUGAUCGCCUUUACUCUCGAUAAAUACCAAUCACUUCCAAACUCUUCAUACAUACAUUCCUACGACAAUCCAGAUCUAUGUGUCGACGACAAGUCUUUGGCGGUCACCGAACAGACGGUUGACUCGUCAUUGUUGGCCACCAAUCAGAUGGAAGGACAGAGUCUCACUCAAGUGAUGACAGUUUUGGGACCGAACAGACGGUUCCCAAUCGGGGCUGAGAAACAGUUGGCCACCGAUCGCAAGACAAGUCAGUUGGUCUCCAAUCAGGUGUCAGACCAUUGGCGCCGAUUGACAGUUGUGUUGAGACACUUGGGAACCAAUCAGACGGUUCUCCUUCGGCUGCGUUCGUACAAUGAGGUCAGAGUUUGCCAUAAAUCAGAUGAUAGACCCGAUGCGCCGCCCAUUUAA